GCCGCGGGGGCUGCGCCCGCGUUCAGCGGCGCCGCCGUUUCCGGGUUGCGCCGCCUUUGUGCACACGGCACCGGGCUGGUGCGGAGCGCACAAAACCAACGUGUUUCUGUUUACCUCCGGAGCGCGGGUGGGUCCGAAGGGAAACGCCGACACGCGUGCGCGCUCGGGCGGCUCCACGCGGGGUUCGGCUCCGUUUAACGGCCCGGUUUAGGGCAGCGGACCGAGCUCCAGACGGGGCGGCAGCAUGCGGCCUGAUUCCGGGCCGCAGCCACCGGGAUCAUCCCUCUGAGCAUCGGCGGCGGUCCGGCUGAUCUCCGCAGACACGAUGAAUGAGCGAAUGAGAGCGGCCAUCUUGGCUGUGGCGCUUUUCCUCACGGCCAGCUGCGUUUGGGCAGCUUCAGAUUGCACCCCGUCUACCACGGAGGCCCCCGGCGGCUCCUGGCUCCUGACAGCCGUGGUCGACCCUCAGCAGGCCGAGCAGAGCAAGAGGCAACACCUGGAGGCGCUGUUCCACAGGUACGGGGAGAACGGCUCCAUCUCUCUGGACGGUCUGAGGCGUCUGUUGAGGAGCGUCGGCCUCGAUCGGAUCAGGAACGUUAUGGUGAAGCACCGGGAGCAAGCGGGCCACCACCAUGAUCACCACCACCAGCACGGCCACCAUCAUCACCAUCAUCAUCAUCAUCAUCACCAUGCCCAUAAACAUAACCACAGGAACCGGACCACAGAGCAGAACAGAACCCAGGACCAAAUUAAGCCCACUGUGUCGGCGGGUCUGGAGGCCAGAACCAGCCUGGGAGACGGAGCCGGGUUGUUGGUGAAAGCCCAGAAGAGAAGCCUGGAGGGAGCGAGUCCCUUUGGAGGAGGAGGCGCAGCGAACACCGAGGAGACGGCGGUUACAGACGGGCCGGCCCAGAUGAUGGCAGACCACGACCAGGACCACCUGGACCAGGACCACCUGGACCAGGACCACCUGCAGAACCGCAGCCUGGAGGGCGAAGAGUGUCUGAACGCCUCCGGUCUCCUCUCCUCACACGGGAUGUCACAGGAAGGGGGCGUGGCCCUCAGGGACUUCUCGUACCUCUGCCCCGCCCUCCUGAACCAGAUCGACAGCGGGGCGUGCCUCCUGCACGGAGACGGCCCCCGGCACGAGGACAGAGAGGAGAAACAUCAUAAACAUUCUCACAGCCACCAUGGAGACCACAACCAGCCGGCCCACAACCACAGCGAGCACGGCGGCGGGGAAACCGCCAAACACAUCGCGACAGCGUGGGUCGGCGGCUUCCUCUCCAUCACCUUCAUCAGCAUGCUCUCCCUGCUGGGCGUCUUCCUCAUCCCGCUCAUGAACAGAGUUUUCUUCAAGUUCCUCCUCAGCUUCCUGGUGGCGCUGGCAGUGGGGACGCUGAGCGGCGACGCCUUCCUGCACCUCAUACCUCACUCACAGGGAAGCCAUCACCACCACGAAGACACGGAGGACCUGGACGGCAUGUGGAAAGGCCUGGCCGCUCUGGGAGGAGUCUACGUCAUGUUCCUGAUUGAGCACUUCCUGACGUUGGGGAAAAUGUACAAAGACAAGAAGCAGAAGAUCCAGAAGAAAUGGGACCAGAACGAUAAAUCAAACCCAGAGAAGCUGCCCGCCCUGGAGGAGAGCGAGCUGAAGCCAAGUGAAGACGUGGAGACCAACGGCGCCAGCACCUUCGCCGACCACCCCAGCAGCGUGGCGGAGGAGGAGCAGGUGAUGCUGACGCCGCAGGUGUCCGUCGUCUCGCCGCAGGGCUACGGCCUGCCGUCGGGCGACGCCGCCGCCGGCUACUCGGCGGAGGACUGCGAGAACAAAUGCCACUCCCACUUCCACGACACGGUGGGGCAGGCGGACAGCAUGCACCACCACCACCACGACUACCACCACAUCCUGCACCACCACCACUCCCAGAACCACCACCCCCACAGCCACUCCCACUCGUACUCGGAGCAGCACUUCCAGCAGGCCGGCGUGGCCACGCUCGCCUGGAUGGUCAUCAUGGGCGAUGGGCUGCACAACUUCAGCGACGGCCUCGCCAUCGGCGCUGCCUUCACUGAGAGUCUGUCCAGUGGACUCAGUACGUCUGUGGCCGUCUUCUGCCAUGAGCUGCCUCAUGAGCUGGGUGACUUUGCGGUGCUCCUGAAGGCGGGCAUGACCGUGCGUCAGGCCAUCCUCUACAACGUGCUGUCGGCCAUGAUGGCCUACCUCGGCAUGGUGACGGGCAUUCUGAUUGGACACUACGCAGAGAACAUCUGCAUGUGGAUCUUCGCCCUCACAGCCGGGCUCUUCAUGUAUGUGGCCCUGGUGGACAUGGUACCAGAGAUGCUGCACAACGACGCCGGGGACCACGGCUUCAGCCACUGCGGCUUCUUCCUGCUGCAGAACGCCGGCAUCCUGCUGGGCUUCUGCAUCAUGCUGCUCAUCGCUCUGUUCGAGCAUAAAAUCCAGCUGAACGUGGGAUAAUGGCGGCGGCCGCGGUCCCGUUCCUUCUGCCGCCUCCGUCUGCCGUUCAGUCGUCCUGUUUUAGUUUAGUUGUCUCAUGGUUUAGGUAGAAAGCAGAGCGAGCCCUGAAGGACGCUGCAGACGUCUCUACUGCUGCUGGAGCUUCUGGGUUCUCUUCAGACCUUCCUCUGCAGACGAGUUCAGGUGAGGAAGAGGAGGAGAGGAACGUUUGGACUCGUCUUGGACUUCUGGUGCCGUUCCUUCCUGCAGGUGGAGAUCAGACCUCAGCACCGAAGCCAGGGAGGUUCUACUGGCUCAUCUUUUGAUGAGAAUCUGUUACUUUAAAUGUUCUCUUCAUCUUUUGAGUUAGUUACUUUAGUUUUUUAUAUAUAUCUUUAUUUUUUUAAGUUUAGUUCAGUUAAAGUGGAUCAGUGUUACAGAACCUUGUUUUCUGUCUAAAAGCUGCGGAUGAAGGUGGACUGUAACGAGUCGGGUCAGUAUUGGAAGGAAGGGUUCUGAACCGGCAGAGUUCAUGUCAACCUGUUUUCAUGCUUUAAGGUUUCAGCUCCAUGUUCUGUAAAAAUAAGCGUUUAUUUUCCCCCAGAGGGUUCUGGAGAGAAGUUUUUGUUUAUAUUGGACCUUCGUUCCAAAAAGGGAACUGAAAGUAAGUAAAAUCUUCUUGAAAU